AUGUCAUCGACCGAAGCACCUGCUAUUAUGGGCAUAUGGCUCUUACUUGCCUCGAUACAGGAACAGCGGGUCAUUAGCUUCGAGAACGUGCCUCGCAAAAGUCCGAGUACCACGCCGACGCAAUGGUGGAAUUAUGGAACAAGUUACCAAUGCAGAGCAGAUCCUUGCGGUAGUGAGGCUGAUAUCAACCCCUGCCCGGGUGACCCUCCGCGCAGAUUAAGAAAAGCCGGGUUCAGCAUAAUCGAACGACCAGCCUUCUAG